CCGCCCGCGGCGCCGGCAGAGCGAACAUGGCCCAGGCGGCGCGGGUCGCGCGGGCCCUGUGGCCCGGCCGGUGCGUCCCGGCGGAGAAGCUGAGCGCGCGGCCUUGGCCACCGCCCUCCGCGCAGAGCCGGGCGGGCUUCUCCGGGGCGGCAGGAGGCCCGGGGGUCCGCAAGGGGAGCCCGCGGCUUCUGGGGGUGGCGGCGCUGGCCCUGGGGGGCGCGCUGGGGCUGUAUCACUCGGUGCGGUGGCACCUGCGCGCCCAGAACCUACGCGCCGAGAGCUCGGCGGUGCAGCUGUCUGUGUCCAGCCGCCUACAGCUGACCCUAUACCAGUACAAGACAUGUCCCUUCUGCAGCAAAGUCCGCGCCUUCCUCGACUUCCACUCCCUGCCCUAUCAGGUGGUGGAGGUGAACCCUGUCCGAAGGGCUGAGAUCAAGUUCUCGUCCUAUAGGAAGGUGCCCAUCCUGGUGGCCCAAGAAGGAGACAGCUUGCAACAACUAAAUGACUCCUCUGUCAUCAUUAGCGCCCUCAAGACCUAUCUGGUGUCAGGACAGCCCCUGGAAGAGGUCAUCACCUAUUACCCACCCAUGAAGGCCAUGAAUGACCAGGGCAAGGAGGUGACCGAGUUCUGCAACAAGUACUGGCUCAUGCUGGAUGAGAAGGAGGUGCAGCGGAUGUAUGGUGGGAAGGAGGCCAGGACAGAGGAGAUGAAAUGGCGGCAGUGGGCAGACGACUGGCUGGUGCACCUCAUUUCCCCCAAUGUGUACCGCACACCUGCCGAGGCCCUGGCUUCCUUUGACUACAUUGUUCAAGAGGGCAAGUUCGGGGCUGUGGAGGCCACUAUGGCUAAGUAUGUGGGUGCAGCUGCCAUGUACCUCAUCAGCAAGCGCCUCAAGAGCAGACACCACCUCCAGGAUGAUGUGCGUGCAGACCUCUAUGAGGCCGCCAACAAGUGGGUGGCAGCUGUGGGCAAAGACCGGUCCUUCAUGGGUGGCCAGAAGCCGAACCUUGCUGACCUGGCAGUAUAUGGUGUGCUGCGUGUGAUGAAGGGUCUGGAGGCCUUUGAUGACCUGAUGCAACACUCACACAUCCAGCCUUGGUACCUGAGGAUGGAGCAGGCCAUUGCAGAGGCCCCCCCAAUGCACUGAGUGUCCUCUCUGGCUGAAGAGACAGGCUACUAGGGGCCAGGGCUGCUGGGCCAGCCCCUGGCAAUGCUGGCAGGGGGCAGAGUCAUUUUAUCUCCGAUUCACCUGCCCCCUGGCCCUGUACUUCUAACACUGGACACUCCUAGGGCCCUUGAUGCUGGGGUCAAGGCCCAGGCUCAAUUUCUACUCAAUUUUCCUGAGGGUAGCAUGUAAGGGGUCACAGAGGAACUGUCCUCUAACUGCAGCUCCAGGGGCCUGAUCUCCCAAUGGGGCCUCCUGCUCUUCAACUCUCUACUGAGGCUCAGUGGAUCAGACUGGCUCCUGCCCUGGACAAAUUCCGGUCCCCAGCUCCCAUUGCUCCCAUAAUUCCAGCUCUUCCCAGUGCCCCUGGGGCUGUUAAUGUUUGCAAUAAAGGAGACGUUGCUCCCCUCUGGUGGCCUGA